AUGCCGGACGCUCUUAUCGAUGUGCCGCACCGGGUGCAGCUUCCAGGAACGGCCUGCGCUCUGUACUCUCUCGGCAUGGUGAUGGACUACUGGCACGCCCACGACUCGGCCAACCCGACGGCGCUCGUGUGCGACAAGGACGAGUCGCUCCAGCGGCUGGAGCCGCACGUGUCUCGCUUCAGCUGCGCGCCGACGACGCCUCGGCGGCUCCUGGACGUGGCAAUCGCCCUCGGCCACACGCACAACGGCUCUUGCUGGUCCGCCUCCCACUUGGUGGAGCUGGCCGCGUCGUUUGGGUACGCGGCCCGCGCGGUGCACAGGGCCUCGGCCGCUGACCUCAAGGCGGUCCUCUCCUCGGGCCACCCGCCGCUCGUCAUCUUUGACGUUGACCUGUGGACGGGCGACCCGGUGCUCGCCGGGGGCGGCGCGGCGCACGUCGGCGAGCUGGUGGUGGACCCGUCCCUCCGGCUGGGCGGCACAGUCGAGGCGGUGCUUGGGCGGGUCCUGAAGGGGUGGGUGCUGGCGGUGCUCGGGCGUGUCCCGGAGGGCUGGCUGAGACGAGUGAGGCUGCCGGCGGAGGCGGCGGGAGGCGGGGCGGCGGGCAGCGAGGCGGCGGGCAGCGAGGCGGCGGGAGGCGGGGCGGAGGCGCUUCAGCUGGUGGCGGGCAAGUCCCUCAACAUCGAGCGCUGCCUCGGCGGCUGCCUGGUCGAGGUGCUGCACGCGACGCCGAUCCCGCCGGCGGUUCGCGAGCCGGAGGACGACGAGCCGGCGUGCGGCGCGGCGGCGGCGGAGGCGUGGGUGUUUGGGCGCGCGGUGCGGCUGCGGGUGCCGCACCGCUUCCAGCUCGGCGAGGUCGGGUGCGGGCUGUACGCCGUGGGAGUGCUGAUGGACUACUGGCACGCGCAGGACAGAAGCCACCCCACGGCCCUCGUCAAGCAGAUGGACUUGCCCGCCGCCGCCGAGGGCGCGAGGGCCGCCGCCGCGUGCUUGCGGGACGGAGGCGGCAGCGCGGCGCUGCGCGCGGCGCGGCGGCUGGCGCACCACGCAUGGGGAGAGGGGGAGGGCGAGUUUGUGGAGGAGAGGCUGCUCGACUUGCUCGCGAAGCGGGUUGGCGGCUCCGUGUACGGCGAGGCGUACGCGUGCGAGUACUUGGCAGAGGUGGCGCGCCUGGUGGGCUACCGCGCGAGGGUGCACCGCGCCGCCCGCAUCGAGGCGCUGUGGGCGUGCCUCGACGCGGGCCACCCCGUGGCGGUCUGCGUCGACAUCAACAACACGCGCACCUUCCUCCCCGACAUGCUGGGCGGGCAGCACACCCACUUCGCCGUGGUGGAGGGCUACUUCGACGCGGCGCCGUCCGCCGACGAGCGGCCGCGUCGUUUCCUGCUGGUGCAGCAAACCAACCGGCGCGCACCGUCGCCGAGCGUGUGGCCGCUCGACGUCUUUGAGGCCUCGUGGCGCGGCGGCGGGUGGCGGGGCAGGUACCGCAAGCGGCGCCUUCCGCCGCGGGUUGCGGCGCAGCUGUCGUGGCGGCUGCCGGAGGCCGCCGCGACCGGCGGCGACGCGGCGGUCGGCGGCAGGGCGGCGCGGGGCGGGCGGCUCGUGCUCGACAGCCGAGCGGAGCCGCUCGAGGGUGAUGCGCUCGCCUCGCUGCACCGCCAGCUGAUUGCUGCGGGCGUGCUGCAGCCGACGGGCGAGGCCGACGGCAGCGUGCGGCUGGCGCCCGGGGCGGAGCUGCACCACCACGACGAGCUGAGGCAGAGCCUCAUUGAGGUUGUGCCAGAAGGGCACGCUUUUGCAGGGGUGUGACCGCGCAUGUGAUCGGAGGAGUGCGCCCAUGCCACUGUGGGAUUUCUCAAGGUUUUAUCUUAUGUGAUGCAUGUG